AUGUACCAAUUUGAAGUAUUGCUCGGUGUUGGAUCGAGCUUGAGACAUCCAUGUCUAACCAAAGAUCAAAAAUUGGAUGGAGCAAUAAUGAGUCGUCUUUUUGCUCAAAAAAUAAUUUGGCUUUGCCCUUUUGAAGAUCUUCCUUGUAGCUCCUCUAGUCAAUUGACACUAGAUGAUCUGUUUGAGGAUGAUGAGCAGACACUUGAGAUAAGCAUUGGUGUGGAAAAAUCAAAUAAAAAGAAUGCAGAAGCAAUGCAAAAACUUCAUGAUGUAUACCCAAAUAAGACAGAAUCAGAAUUGCAUUCAGCACUUACAGCUUCAAAUGGCAAUGCAGAAGAUGCAGUACACUUACUGCUAGAUGAUGAAAAUUUCCAUCCUCUCCAAGAUGAUGUAGCAUCCUCAUCUAAUUCAGCAGGCAAUGAUUUCUUAUUUACAUUGCAUGAACCAGUGGAUAUAAUUUUGAAGAAUUUUGUUGGUAAUGCUGACAAUGAUAUUUGGGUGGAUGUAAACAGAGAUGAUUUAUGGUGUUUAUGUUUGAGUUUCUACAAGAUAGCAUUAAAGCACCCAGACAGGCUUUCAAAAAAUCUUUGUGUUAGGUUUGUUGGCUCAGGGGAGAUGGGUAUUGAUGCUGGUGCAUUGAGGAAAGAGUUUUUUUCAUUGUGCUUAGAUGAGGUGGUAAAAAGGUUAUUUGAGGGUGACUUGGCUUUGAUUCCCAGGCGAGGAAUUGGUAGCAAGGGUAUUCAGUUUGAGGUUGCUGGAGCACUGAUUGCUCAUUCUGUCUUACAAGGUGGUCCAGGCUUUCCUUUUCUUGCUGAAUGGGUUGUUGAUUAUUUGCUUGGAGAAGAUCCUUCUAAUUUGAUCGUUUCUAAAGAAUAUAUUUCUCAAAGUGAAAUGACCUUUAGACUCUUAGAGUUGAUAAAGGAACUGGAUAAGGCUGAAACGCCUGAAGCCUUGCAUUAUAUUCUUGAAAUUCAUGCAAAACAUGACUCAUUCUGGGAAGUUAUCAAUGCCACUGAGUCAAGCACGGAAGUUAUCACCGUUGAAAACAAAGGAUGUCUUUUGCAUGAGUUGAUUUUCAAUGAAUUAAUUCGACAAAGAAAAGAUCAACUAAAUGCACAACGAGAUGGGCUACAGGUGUUGGGAUUUUUGAACCUGUUGAAACAGCAUUGCAAAGUGGUUAAUCAAGUUCUUUGUCACCAUAUACAAGAAGUCACAGUAGAGCAGUUCAUGUCAUUUCUCAUGAGCAACCCCAGUUGCCAUGCAGAGAGACAAGCCUAUCAAUGGCUUCUCGACUAUGCCACAUCUUGUGAUGGUGUAAAGGAUGGAGAUUUCCCAAAGCGUAAACUGAGCACUCUGCUGAAAUUUACCACAGGCCAAGUUGGUCUGUGUGACACAGCAAUAACAAAAUGUUCUGAAAAAGUUUCAGUUAAUGUUUUUUCAACAAAUGUUAAAACAGUUAAAAGAGUAAUUCCUAAGAUAUUACAGAAAGGUAUAAAUGAUUAUGAAAAGUCAAAUGAUAACAUGACAAGAAGUAUCGUUGUGUAUUAUAGUGGCGGUAUAAUGGGUAAAAGGAAGUAUCGUAAUGUUUAUAGGGCAAGUAGUUACAAAAAGAGUAAUGAAGCAAAGUCUCUUCAUAUAAAAAUCAAUAACUGCCCUAUUCCGAGACUGUUGCCUUACCACAAGCUGGCACAUUAUAUUAAAUCAAUAGAUAUUGGUAAACUUUAUUCCAUUAGGGAAACACUUUGUGAUGGUCUAGAUGAAAUUGACAAAGUUGAUGGGGUGUAUAGAAAUAAUCAGGAGAUAGUUCUUAUUCUUGCUAGAUAUUACUUAGUGUGUCAAAAGAGGUACGAGCUUGUAUGGUUUAAGAAACAAACUUACACUUUCAAUAUUUCACUUGGAGGCGAUGGGGCACCAUUUGGAAAAGAUGACACUUCGUGUUGCUGGUUAGUUAGUUUUCUUAAUUUAGGCAGGAAAGUGCUAAGCAGCAAUGAUAAUUAUCUAUUGUUUGGAGCCAAUUGUAAAGAGGAUUGUGUGCCAGUGCGUCGGUUUCUACAAAAGUGCUUGAGUGAUAUUAGUGUUUUGGAGAAAAGUACCUUUCAGGUUGAGUGUGGUGGUGAGAUGGUUAAUGUAAGAUUUCAUGUCUCAGAAACUCCUAACGACAUGAAGAUGUUGGCAUUCUUGGGUGGAGAACUAUCAAACGCAGCCACUUUCUUUUCUACCUUUGCAAAUGUAAGCACCCAUAAUAUGAGUUCUCUUGCAGGUUCUUUCAGUUUUUCUGGGAAGGAAAUGUGGAAGACCUUGAAAUAUGAAGACAGGGUCUCUGCUGCAAACAAGGUUGGACAUUUUAAGAAAACUGUGGCCAAAAAACCAUUGGCACCAGCCACAGUAAGAUCUAAGGUAACAUCCUUCAUUGCCCAGUUGAAAAGCCGCCAGGAAUUUCAACCCAUUGUUGGAAGGUUGAUUGAUCGGGCUCAUGUAGACCUGCUUCACCUAAAAAACAAUGCUUGUGCACUUACCCAUAGGUUGUUGCUUCAUGAAGUAAUUGCAAUGUCAAAGCUUGGACAGAAGGUGAAUUCUUUUGCUCAGGUUCCUUCAAACUCUCCAUUUAAAAUGUACAUCCUUUCCAUGCGUGAAUGCAAUUUAUCAAGGUUAGCGACUAAGAUCAUCAAGUGGUUUGAUGAAACUGGUGCUAAUGGCAAAAGUUUUGAAUAUCACUUCACUGGCAAGCUGCCAAGACUUUUUCUCCUGCAUUUCAUGAAAUUAAUUUCAUAUAUUGAACCUAUUUCUGAGCCUGGUAGGCAGAAAACUAUUCUGCAUAUUCUUGCAUAUAUUUGCCUUCUUCUUAGAGAUUGUGUUUCGAUAUUCAGUCAAAUAAAUAUUUCAAAUGAUGAGAUAAAGAAGCUUACCAAUCUCUGUCGAGACUAUUUCCAGGCAAAUGCUCUGUUCUUUCAAGUAAAUCCCACUGUUUGGACAAUAGGCAAUAUUGUUCCUGCCCAUACCCAGUACAUGAAGGACAAAUAUGACCUUGGCCUCGGUAUUAACUCGAUGGAAGGACGAGAGGCAAAACAUGUCUUCAUUGCAAAAUACAGCAAGAAUACCAAUUUUGUUUCCAGAUGGAAACAAAUUUUCCGACAUGAAUUUGUAUCCUUAAUUUGGUUCAGGGAGAGAGGUUUUAACCUUCCUAAUGAGAGAUCUGAUCAUUCUUGUGCCAAGACAUAUAUCCCCAAACAAGUAAGCUCUGGAGAUUUGGCAUACUGUUAUUGUGGGUUGCAGAAGGUGUGCAUAUCAGAUGUUAAGUGUAGAUUCUGUGCAGAUAAGCUUAUGAGGUUGAUUGUAUCAAGUGUUUCCUCAGGGAAAAAUCUUGUGUUUAAGUAG